CUACACAUCAAUUUAAUCAGCAAUGAUUAGGCUUUGCAGGAAAAAAAAAUUUGUCUCCAAAGGAGCUCGCAUUCUUAUGAAAUAAAAUUAUAACCAUCAUAAAUUAGCAUAAUUCAUGCAAUAAAAUUUUGCAAAAUACAUAAAAUAUUAAUCAGAGGUGUGAGUAUCCAGAAAAGUUAAAAGGAAAAAUGUUCCUUGAUGUAUCGCCUGCAAAUCCUCCAAAUCUGGUGGAAAAAGAGCAAAAACAAAAUUAAUUACAAAUUUUUACUGAUAACCAUUUAAUUCAAUUAAAAUCAAUGCAAAAUGUAAUUCUGUUUUGGGUGGAUGUGUCCUUUGGGGUGAACAAGAAAUUGUUGUAAGAGGAAAAAAACAGAUACCUCUCAAACCCCAAAAGUUGUUUUUUUUGGCCAAAAUAACAAUACUUCAUAGUUUACCCACAACAUGUGCAAAAUCAAUAGAAAUCAAUGCAAAUAUUUUCAAUUUUCGGGAAUUUGGGGGCAGAGUGUUUCUAUCUGCAGUUAUGUACAUAUAUAUGACUGUUGUAAAAGGCAAAUAAAAGCUCUACUUCAUCACCCACUAUCCUAGUGUACCCAGACUACAAUGCUUAUUUCUUAUUCUGUUGUGCUCAUAAAACCUAAAUUACCACAUCAGGGCAGCAGGGGGGUGGGGGGGGGAUUGGGGAUUAUACAGAGCAAAAAGAACAACAAUAAUAUUAUGAUUUGACAUUUGAACAACAUAUUCAUCAGUUCAUAUGCAGAACAAGCUUUAUUUUAUAGAAAUAUAUGUUGACAAUAAACUGAACUGGAGGACUUUAUCAUCUCAAACCCCAGAAUUCCCUCCAUCGCCCUCAUCACCAAUCUAAAUUCUUGAUCACUUACAAAACACAUCAGACACACAUGUAAUUUAGCAGAUUGUUUCGUUAAGUCUUUGAGGACAUCAAAUAACAAGAAAGACCCAAAUCGUAAAAGAGAGAGUAACAAAACGACGAUAAUUUUCAAAGCACGCACACCGGAAAGCUUCCUUAGCAACAUAAUGCAUUUUCGAAAUACACUGUAACUCGAGACUUUGGCGUCACAAGCACACUACAUCGAGUCUUUUCACAGUGAUGCCCCAAAACGACAUUUCUAAACAAUAUUAUAGAGCUAUUCACCCUCAGAUGCGAACUGAGAAAGAUCUUUUGAUGAAAUAAGCAAGAAUUCAAGCGAAUUAAGACCACAUUUUCCCGCAAUUAAAGAACAUAUGUUCUGUUGCUCGUGACCUCGUGGCGUCGUAUGAAAAAUUUUUUUUCUCACUCACCUCGAAUUUGCUCUCAUUGAAAAGAAGGCGAUCUAAUUCACUUUCUUCACCAAUCUAUAUGCCUUCUGAAUCACUAAUGCCUUCGUAGACCAGAGGUGUUGCUUCUUCUGAGCCUGUUUCCCCAACACAAGCGUAUCCGUAGCCAGACGCCAUUACGCUCACGAUCAAUGAUGCAUAUUAACAAUUCGGUCUGAAUAAUUUAUUCAACCAAUCUCAAUGAAACACGGCCAGUGAUUGGCUAAUUCUACAAACUUCUUUUGUGCCAAGUUUGACGUCAAUCGAAUGUAACGCAAAUUUUACAUGAAUUUUAGCGUCAUUGGUCCAUAUGGACCAAUAAAUUGCAGUGCGUGACAAGAAUGAGCCAUCCAAAAGCCACCCGCAUUUGUAUGUGUUCAAUAAACCAAUCAAUUCACUCUUUUUCCGUUAUUUUGUUGUUUCUGUAUUGUUCGCACAUUUUCAUUUCAAGGUCAUACUUAAAUUGCUCUAAUAGACCCCUCCAUGGUUGUUUUCAAAAUUUUGACUAGGACCAGUGAGCGAUAAACUGUCAACAUGGCUGGAAAGAAUGCCUUAAAAUCUGUAAAGCUGCCAGAUUUGAAAGUGAUUUUUUGGAAACUAACAAAGACUUGGCUGUGUAAAGUCACGAAAAUUUACAGACAUUGGUACACUGUAUGGUGGGGGCCAGAUGUUCGCCCUACACACACACAGACCACCAGCCUACAUACAAAUGUCCGCAAAAAUUUUGCAAGUUGGUGGAGAAAAUAAUAAUUAUCUUUGCUUGCUUUGUGGGCAUAUCCUUUUUGGAUUACUGACUUACAUGUACUAGUCAAAAGUUGAAGGAAAAAAUGUGGAAGGUCUAUUGUAGUACCUGUAAGAAUUAAUAUAAAAGUUAAGACCCACCCACGUAGGUACAUGUUGAACUUUGAGUAAGGCAAAUUCUCUAAAAGACAACUAAAUCCAUGAUUCUUUCUCUCCCUUUUCCUCCCGUUUUCUCCUGUUGAACCCAGACAAGUCAUGGCUGAGAGAGUUUGCUUACAGGCUACGUGCGUUUGACUACUGAUUCUCCAAGAUGAUUUUUUUCGCUUGACACAUUUUGGUUCUGCUUUGUACAUGUACCUUGUGCAUUUAUUCUGUGGAAUUGUCAAGGAGAACUGAUAAUUGAGAUAAGAGUCAAAUUAUUGAUCUUUCCUGGAAAAUUCAUCGUUUAUACACCUUCAUGUACAUGUUCCCUGUUAGUGUUUCUGCAUGAUGUCUUGUUGCAUGAAGAAUGAGACACACCCAAGUAAAAUUUAAUUCUGUCUUUUUAUACACUAUGACAAUAAUAUUUAGUUUAAAAGAAAGCUGGAAGAAAUGAGAGAAAAGAGAAGAAUAAACAAGAAACUAGGGUGAGUUUAAUUAGCAGUUAAAUGUCAAUUUGUACAAAAAAUUACUGGAGAAUAAGUACUAUACAUAUACACAUGUGAUUCUUAUGUACAUGUACAUUACAUGUAGUUGCACUAAAAAUUAUUAUUGUUUGGUCUCCUUUCUCAAUUUCCCUGCUGAUUUUAAGAAAACUUUGUCUUUUUGUUAUAAGCUUUCAUAGUAGAAAAUAUUGAUAUUAUUUUAUUGAUCUGUGAAGAGGAGAAAAAAUUCCAUUAUUGUUGGGGAGGUGAAUCUGUGACUUACUUUUGCACAAUCAAUGCUUUACUGUUUGAACUGCACACCAAGGUGUUAUAGGUCAAAAUUGCAUUCCAGUUAACUGUGGUCUUUUUCUCCUACAUAGCUCUAAUGAUUUAAUUAUCUGUGAUUUAGGGCUAGGAGGCAAAGGAAAUUGAUAAUCAACCUUAAUAAUUGAAAAAUUUUAACCUAAGUAUUUAAUUAUGAACUACACGUAUAAUAUAAAUUAUGCACAAGUCAGCUGGAAGUAGGCCAUGCAAAAUCUCUUCAUUACAGCUGUAGGUGGAACAUGUCCCUAGUUCUUGAUCAAAAUAUACUUGUACAGAAUAGUAAAGUAAAAUCAUUACUACAAUCUAUACUGUCUCUUUUGUCAUUAUUAUUAAAUUUAUCUUGCAAAAAGUUCCAUUAAACUGUGGCUUGUAUCUUUUCUUGCAUAGUAAAGUAAAAAGUCUGGGUGCAGCAGAUAGUGAUAAUGAUGAUUCUGCUGCUUCUUGGGUGGCCAAGAGCAGGAAGAAGGAGAAUGAAAAAAGCCUGGCUGAGAAACGAGUAAGUUACCAUCGUAGUUCGUACAAUCUUGAAAAGGUCUUGAAUUUUAGUGGUUGUCUUGAAAAGUCCUUGGAUUCGGUUAAUUUAUUUGCAUUUGGUGGAGCUAAAAAUAGUGGCAGUGACAGAGAAUGCAAAUACUUUCCAUUUUCAGAUCUGGGUAGUGCUUCUGAUUGGUUGUGCCACCUGGGAAAUUUGCUUCAACCAAUCAGAAGCACAACCCGGAUCUGGGUAGUAUCAUGCCAUCAGUAUGGAAUUUCUGUGCUCAUUUCUCAGAUGUCAUUUCUCAAAGGAGACAGUGGUGGCUUCAUGAAAUGGCAGCCGUUUUCUGUUUUCUCAGGCUAUAGUAAAUAAUGGUAACCCUCUAUAAGCCUCUCUUUACUUGGUAGAUAAGAGAUUAGACCACUCAGUGUCCGGGAAUUGACGGGUUUAAUCCCUUGUUAUGCAUGAAUGAAAUGUUGUUAGCUUUCUUCUCUAGUCUAUCAACUUGUGCUACUGUUUUCAGAGACAAGCAGCAGUACACACGUCAUGUUGCAACUUUGCUUGAAUAAAAUUAAUAUAAUAAUAUUAUAAUUCUAUAAGAAUAAUAAUAAUAUCAUUGUGGUCUAAAGCUUCUAUGCACCCACUAGCUUCGCCCAGGUUUAACCAGAUUGUAGGUAAGAAAGGGUUGUUGACUUUUCAACGUAAUUAAAUAAAAUGAUUUUUUCUCCCUUAGGCAAAAUUACUGGCGGAAAUGGAUGAGGAGUUUGGGAUAAGUGACCUGGUAGAGGAGGAAUUUGGAUCUCUUACUACGCCAACAAGACAAGUGAGGAUAUUCAAUGCAAUUGUUAAUAAACCACUUACAUUAUCAUCAAAAGUGUAAACUAUGUGCAGUUGAAGGGGUACCUGGAAAAAACUAGUCAUAUGUGAUUUCUGAUCAAACUGUUCAACUCUUCUUUUAUUAAUCCGGAGGAUGUUUACCUGUCAUGUAUAAAGCUAAGAGAGAUCAAGAGUUCAUUUAGAACCUAUCUUCCUUGCACCUUUUGAAGAAAUUCAUUAGGCUAGUAAGUUCAAAUAAUUAUCCAUUCAAAUGUUCUUAAAGCGUAGCUCGAAUGAAAAUGCUGACAGCCGUCUUUAACACCUGCAGAAGCCUAUUUAGGGCUACUGACACCGGUGACGUUUUUAAUAGUUUUGAUAAAGAUGGCUGUCAUUCGUUGAAACUGUCAACAUCAUUAGAAUUUUUCUUUCAGGCUAUACUUUGAGAUCAUUUGAAUACAUUUUCUUGCACCUAUUAACCUCAUUAUUUUUGAAAUAUGCACAUGUACGUGUACACAGAAUAUGGUUUGAAAGGUUGCACUACAUCCUGCUGAUUGGGAGAGGGCAUCGUGAGACCUAGAGGGGAGAUAGUGAAGGCAUCAGAAAGGUGAUUGGUGCUGUGAUAGAAAUGAGAUGGUCGAUUUUAACCCUGGGAAAUACAUGAGAAAGAUGAUUUUUCAGUCAGUGACAGUGACAAUGACUUUCAGCUGCCUGUAUGACUAACUGAAAAAUCAUCUUUCUCUUGAUUGGUGCCUUAAAGGUGUCUGCUGUGUAGGAUUAGCUGAAAGUUGCAUUUCUCUGAUUUAACAGAAUUUUAGGGUUACAAGAAGUACGCCUUCUGGAUUCCAUGUCAUUAACACACCAAACCAUCCCUAAGUUCGUCUCUGCUGCAUCCCAAAUGAGCUGUUGAUGGGCUUUAAAUGAAACAAAUGUAUUUGAUCACAUGAAAUUGUAUGAUAUUACAAUAUUUGCUCAAGGCUGUGCUCUAAGUAGUAGAACAACCUGGGCAACCUGCUUUUGGUAACAUAGAAAUCCUUGUUUUUGUACACUUGGUGGGGCCCCUGUGUUCCAAAGGUUCAGAGCUUUUGGCACAAUUUUUUCUUAGUUUAGAGUACAGCCUUGAAUUAUCUCCUAUGAUUUACAGAUACAGUGUAAUACUCUUAUUUUUAUUUCUAGGCCUACUCUAGUCGUGAUCUAAGAGGCUUGAAAGUUGAACACUCACAAGAGCAUUUUACAGUGAGUAAAUCAUUUCAAAAGAGGAAGGCCAAAAAAAAAGCACAGAGAGUGAAUGCGGAGCAUUACACAUAUAGUGCACUGUUGCUUUUGCCAGAGCGGUACUCUAGAUUUAAAGUAACCAGGAUGCUUAAAAAGUUUUUUUUUGGGGGGGGGGGGGGGGGUUGUUAUAUAAAUUUAAUCCGUUUAUGGAAAGUAUGUUAGGUUAAGAAAUUUACCAUGGCAUUGUAUAGGUGUUAAUUUGUACGAUUAAAUCGUAAAUCAUUAAAGCUAUGAGACAGUUAUGUAACCCCAAUUACAUGACUAUUGUCCAUGUAUAACUCUUGCUUUGUCAAUACUAGCAAUAAAACAGCCUUCUUCUCCCUUUACCAUGGCCAUGAUGAUACUCUCAAAGGCUUAUUUGGAAUUUUUUUUCAGGAGGGAAGUUCAGUGAUAAUGACUCUAAAAGAUGCCUGUAAGUUGAUCUAUUUUUCAUAUUCUUCAGUACUGUCAAUUGUGAUAACCUUAUAACGUUAAUUUUACCAGCAACUUUAAGAUUUAGAGCAAUAAAACUGAAAAAAUAAACAAAUAUCCCAAAUUGUAAGGAAAAAGUGCCUGUUUUUUAGAAGAGGGCAUUAAUUUUAUUUGUUUUUUCUCCUUUCCAUAACCUGGUCAUUUUAGCUGUUCUUGAUGAUGAUGUUGAAGAAACUUUAAUUAAUGUAAAUAUUGUGGACAAAGAAAAGGUAAGAUUUUGUAGGUACAGAUGGAUGUGCAGGUGACCUGCAUUUGAGGUCAUGUUUGUGCCAUUUUGUACUUUGUAUGAGAGAAAUUGACUUUUUGGAGCCAUUUUCUUUUCUUUUCUCAGGGAAACAAAAACGUAGAGCUUAGAAAAAAGAAGCCUGACUACAGGCCAUAUGAUGAACCAGAGAUGGAUGAAUAUGGCAUGGUAAGAUUUCCAUGCAUUUCUAUCUCAUCCUUUUUUAUGAUUGUCUUCUAUAUUCCAGCAUCAUUAUCCUUAUCAUCGUCAUCAUUAUUGUCCUUGCCAUCAUCAUCAUCAUCACAACCACCACCACCACCACCACCACUAUAAUCAUCGUCAUUAUCAUCAGCAGCAGCAGCAGCACCAUCAGCUUCAUUCUCUCUCAUUUGUAUAAUUUUUGUUAUCACUAUCCUAAUUUUUAUUGCUGUCAUGAUUCAUAAUUACCACCACCUGUCAUCCUGAUCCUGAUUUGUACAGAGUGGUUAUGUGACUGAGACAGAUGAUUCAUUGAUCUCCUGCUUAAACUAAUAGAAUUCCAUUGUAUUGUAAUAAUAACUAACUAAUAGAAUUCCUUUGUGGUAAGUGAAAAUUGUGGCUCCUGUGUCAUUUGUAGUACUUGAGAAUUUUUAAAAACAUUUUAAGCAUUUUUCUGUAUAUUUUAGUGGGGAUAACUCCGUAAUCUUUUAAUUUUUAAAUUUUUACCUUUUAUAAUUUUAGAUUUUAGAGAAUUAUAAAUUCACCUUAUGAUACCAUGUAUAAACUCAUUUUAUAAUUUUUUUCCUAUUAUUUUAGUGUACCCUAUUAGCUUUUAUAUGCUAAAGACAUCGACACUUAAAUAAAGUUGUUAUCUUAUGUUAUAUUAUUUUAUAUUGUGCUCACUGUAAGGUCAAAGCAAGAGGAGUUUUAGAUAAAUAUGAUGAAGAAAUCGAAGGAGAACAAAAACAGUCAUUUGUCCUAGGUAAGCAUGUCUAGCAAAAAGUGAAGAGGUGCUUUUGAUAAUGUUUGCUAAAUGACUUGUGGUGCAUUGUCCUUUUAGCUCCAUUGUUAAUUGGUUAUGUUAGGUUUGUUUUCUCAGGAUUUCUUGCAGUGUCUUCAGAGCGGUUUUCCAUUUUCAUCUUGUGUAAAAUUUACUUGUCUACUUGUCUUCUGUAGAGUGCUCUGAUAUCGUAUCAACUGAAAGCAUGUUGGUCACUUGUUCAUCGGUUAGAUAAUGCAGAUGCAUCUUAAUAACAUCAGUCAAUUUUGCGUCACAUUUUUUUUACAAAUUAUUGUUCUUUGAGUUAGAACCUAUGCCCUGCUGAAACAUCAUUAGUGAGCCUUAAGGUAAUUUCCAAAAAAUGUGGAAACAAUAUGAGGAAAGGGCUUAGUACCAUACUACUUGUAAAUAAUAUGUGAAACUACGUGACGUGGUGAAGGGAGAAAAAGAAAAAGGGCUAGAGGAAGAGGACUGAUUGUCAGAGAAUGACUCCAAACCCUUGGCAAAAUCCUAGUAGUCCAUAGGCAUCUUGCAGCUCUCAGUCAUGUGCCACGAUUAUUAAUUUCUGUCUAGUUAUGUCAGUCAUCAGAAAAAUGUCUGCCAUUUUGUAUUAUCUCACUGACAACAGCUGUUUUAAAAGGAAAUAUACGUCUAAGCCUGCAAGUGUUUAUGAUUUCUUAGAGAGGCAAGACCGUAAAAUUUUCAGAAAAGUUUUCAAUGCCAAAGGACAUCCACUUUUAUCUAUUAUGCCUCGCAUUAAACCCUCCAGCUACAAUCUUAGGAAAGAAACUUGUUUUAAACCUAAGAUUAACACUAUGCGCUUUAAAAACUCUUUUAUUAAUCGUUUAGUUUUUAAAUAUGAAUUAGCUAUGUAAUAUACUAGAUAUAUAUACCGGUAUAUAUUUUUUAAUUCUUACUUUUUAACUUUUUAAAAUUUCUUACACUUACUUGUAACAAAACAUAUGUAUUUUUAUCUCUUGAUGAAUAAAGACUUUAUUAUUAUUAUUAUUAUUAUUAUUAUUAUUAUUAUUAAAAUUAAUGCUGUUGUUUGUAGGUUCGGGAGGAACAUAUGACACAUCAAAAGAAGAUGAAGUGAAAAAGGUACGUCGCUCACAUUUAGUUCAAAGUGUCUUCAUGCUCCACUUAAGAAAUGAGAGGGCAACUGAGGCUAUUUGAGUUUGCAAAGACUUCUGGGACUGUUACCGGGAAGAGGAGAAAACAUUGGCCAAUAGCUGGCAAGCAAGUCCCCAGUAACAAUCCCAGAAACAAAAGGGAGUUUUAGAAUCGAGGACGGCUACUGCAGCAAAAGCGUCACUUUUUCAAUGGAUUAGUGUUUUUCAAACUUUAUCGCGUUUAUUCCAAUUCACUGAAAAUGUCUCAUGUAGGCAAAUAUCCCUGGAAUUGAUUUCUUGGGGACUGCACUCAAGUUUAAAAAGGGAAAAUUACUUCCUCCCUAAAAUGUGAAAUUAGGCAUUUUCAUGUCGUAGUCGUGCAGCAACGGCAAAGAAAUGUACAAAAAAGCGUGAUGCACGUGCAAACUUGUUGUUUUGCUUAAUAAACCUAUUUCUGUUUUCACGUUCUUGUUGCUGUCGCCGUCGUCGUUGUUAAAACUCCCUAAUUGUACGAUGCAUUUCAGCUCCAGUUUCCAUAUUGCUUCUAAAGUGGUGAAAGUAUAACCUGUAAAAUUGUUCUCUUACAUCAACCCGCUGUUUGACUGUGUAAAAAUGGCAACUUUCGAGAUGACUACACGAUCAAUGGUUGUACUUAAUUUCAUGUUUUUCUUUUAGAUACAAGCCAAACUAAAAGCCCAAAUGGUAGGUGCAUAUUAAGCUAUAAAAAUAAUCAUACAUAAUGUACUUCAGCUAUUGCAAAAGCUUCAUUCCUCCGUACUGAAGAACUGGUAAAAAGAAAUGGCCUAGCACUAACACUUCCUUAGUUCUUUUUACGUCUUUGUGUUCAAAUUAACCUAAUCUCUAAUCAACUUUGCCCUUCAAGAAAUUAACUCACUCGAAAUGAUGGCUAGUGGAAGAAAAAAUCAAAAGUUUUGCUAAAAAGGAUUUCGUCCAUAGAUUUAAAGGUUAAUGACAAAUUACAUGUAUCUCGCCCUAGCCUGGUACAGCAGCAAAAGGGUUAAUGUAAAUUAAAAUCUGCAUACUAGAUGAACUCUGUAAAGAGGCUAAACCCAUCAGGACACCCUACAAGUGUAGGUGUAGACUGCAAAAUAGCCUAUUUUUUUCUUUGGUCAAGGAGUGGAACUGUGAGUGGUCAAACAACAGUUGUAAAGCAAGAGUGUAAAUGGAGAGUGAGACUAGGGAGAGAGGCACUUGUGAGGCUUGCAUGCACCCAAGAUGCUACUGUAUGUUGAGGGGCUGCAGGAGUAACGCGUGUGUAGAGUGUUUUCACAUGAGUCACGGCGGCCAUAUUGGUGUCACAAAACAAGGAAACAGCGGCCAUGUUGGUGUCCCAAACCAGUCCUUUGGGAGUUGAACACUUUUCUAAUGCAAACGCUUUCUUUUGUUCCAAUAAAUUUGCAUAGAUGCUGGUCACGUGAGUGAAAACACUCUAGACAUGUAGUCGAAUCUGAACUAACGGCCAGCUUUUUGCACCCCUCGCUUUAGAUUUAACCUCUCUACAAUGGCCAGUUGCCUCUGGCCCUUAAGAAGCCUUUGUAGAAAGGCUUGACUGUGAUUAGAUUUGUAUUUAACCCCUUAAGCCCCAAUAUUAACAUACAAAUUCUCCCGACUCCUCUCCAUACAUUUCCAUAAAUAAUUAGUUAGAAGAAUUUGACAAAAGAUCAAAGCAUUUUUUCUUUGGUGAUCAUUUUAUUAAUUCUCACACCUUCUUCUCUUGAUAAUGCAUUCUUAUUGUUAGGAGAAAAUCGAUGUUGGUCACUAGUAGGACUUAAGGAGGGAGACAUUGGGAUUUUCGGUUUUGCGGUUUUGGCUAUUUUUUAGAUCGGUUUUUCGGUUUUUGUUGCAAAAGACUUCGGUUUUUCGGUUUUGGCGGUCAUUGCGGUUUGCGGAUUUUUCGUUUUUUAGCAUCUGGUUUUCGGUUUUCGUGAAAAAUACUAGCGGUUUUUCGGUUUUGGUACCCGAUGUGGUUUUUGGUUUUUCCUAUUUUGUCCUAUUUUGGGUUCCGGUUUCUGUUCGAUUUGAGCAGCACUUGAUCUCGAAUAGCCGCGAAACGCCAAAGUUAUUUAGAGGAAUGCGUACCUCCCGUGCCAGCAACGCGCGGAAGAAGCAAUUGUGGAUUGUGUUGCGUUUUUUUACGAGGAGGGAAAAGGCGGCGAGAAUUUUCGAAAGAAAAACAAGUUUAGAUGUAAAGUGAAAAGGGAAGAGACAAGCCUGCAGAAGCUUAAGAAUAGUGUUUCGUAAGUCAAUCGACAAUCAUUAAUGUCAUUAUACAGUGAAACCUGUAUUAAGCGGACACCCUCGAUUAAGCAGACAGUAGACGAAGUCCCAAAAUUUAUUUCUCUUAUUUACUUUAAAUGAAACCUUUAUUAAGCGGACACCUCUAUUAAGCGGACGCGGACACCUAAAAAGUACGUGAAAUAGUCAUUUCUAUUGUUACCAACCUGUAUUAAACGGACACUUGUAUUCAAAUUCCACUACCCAACAUGCCAGACACCGGAAAUGCGAAAGAUUACCUCGAAUUGCCACCCACAACUUUUUCGAUUUUUACAUUAAAAAACGUUACUUGACGAACUUAUUUGAUUAGUUCCACAGUACAGUAUUUUUUUUUCUAUUUCGUUUUGUUUGUAUAGAGCUUGUUUCACUCAUCUGAUUUCUUCAAAUUUGAGUUGCAAUCUAUGUUUAUGGUACUAUGACCAAUCGGUCCACUUUGAUAAAGAAAUUAAUGCAAACGUAUAUCGUCGAAGUCUCUGGGAGUAUUUUUAACAUUUCCACUGUUCAUUUGAAUAGCAUUUGACAUCUCAUAUGACGUUAUCUAUCGAAACCUGUAUUAGGCGGACACCCUGUAUUAAGCGGACACUACAGCAUUCCCCGAGGGUGUCCGCUUAAUACUGGUUUCACUGUAUUUACAUUACAAUAGCUUAAUCACUAUAGUUUAUCCCAUACAUAAAGCUCGUUUACGAAGACUUAAUGUCCCUAAUAGUCCUAAUACAUUGAGAAUACGCAAUAUCUAAGCGUAGAAGAUCGAAGAGAGGUUAAGAUCAGACUCUGUUCACAGGGUAAUCAAACACGUUGCACGUUAGACAAUCGAGUCUCCAAACUUUCAGGUGUUAGUUAUCAAAUGGAAAUGUUCGAUUAGAGAUUUUCGAUUGAAGUUUCCAGAGCUAUAGCUUUUUGCGACUGCAAAAUUGCAAUUCUAAAGAGGACUUGUGUGCAAAUUCUCCUAUAUCUAGAGGCUUUUCGGAAAUUGAGCCGCAAUGUCUGGGCUCGAGAGAGCGGCAGAAACAAAGCCUAUGAUUUAACAGACACAAAAAGAUACGAAGGCUUCAGACAAAGUCCAUGACAUUCACAAAUACUUUGGUGAAAUUAGUGUUAGUUUAGUUUGCUCUGUAUGCCCCACUUGUCACCAUUGUAUCGGUUUUUGACGGUUUUGUAUGCGGUUUUCGGUUUUGGCCGAAUUUUUUUGCGGUUUUGCGGUUUUGGAUGAUUUUUUCCUUCGGUUUUGCGGUUUCUAAUAUACCCCAAUGCCCCCCUCCUUAAGGUUAAGCUGCGCUCACAUUGCAGUACAGUAGUUUAAAACGCAGGUGGUAAUAAAGGUUGGCAGUGUCAGCUGAUUUAACACACAGCCCCUUGAUUAGUGCUGGAAAGAAAUCGCUACAUUUAACCCUCUAAGCCCCAAGAGUGAUCAGCAUCAAAUUUCUUCUUGUAAUAUCAAUGCUUUGUAAAACAGAGUGGUCAUGAGAAUUACAGACAUGAUCACGCAAGAUGAAUUUGUUUGAUAUUUUAUCAACUUCUCCCCACUACUACUGUAGGAAAUAAAUAGGGGCAACAAAUGAGAAUUCAAAUUAUGAUCUUAGGGUUUAAAGGGUUAAGUCUUCAAAAGAGGCGUUUUCUUAUUCAACUUUAUUGUUGGCAGGUUUCGUUAGAAAUGGCGAAGCCUCAGCUGGCAGCAGAAUACUAUACCCAGGAAGAAAUGGUAACAGAUACUGUAGUGUUACAAUAUUAUUAUUCUUAUUAGUAAAUAUUAAAUAAUUAUCAGUUGUCUAUUUUAUAAACGUGGCCGUGUGCUGGUAGAAUUUUAGCCUUUAACACAGGCGUAUUCUUGGGCGAUCAGAAGGUGCUUGCCCUGGCCGCCAUCUUUGAUUUUAUCACUAAGAAGGCCAGGGAGUGUAGGAAUAGCAACCCUAUGGGUGGUGGGAUUGCCCUCUUCACCGCUCCCUUAGCCUGAGAAAACAGCUGGCAUUUUGUGAUGCCACCACUGUUUUCCCAAGAAAUGACGUCUAAGAAAUAACUGUAGAAAUUCCAUAAUGAUGACCGAUCUGAAUAGUGCUUCUGAUUGGUCAUACCACGUGGAAAAUUUGCCUCAGCCAGUCAGAAGCACUACCCAGAUCUGCGUAGUGAGGUGUCAUCAGUAUGGAAUUUCUGCGCUCAUUCCUCGGACGUCUUUUGCGGGAAAACCAAUGGUAACAUCAUGAAAUGUCAGUUGUUUCUCAGGCUACCACACCCUUAACCUUGGCCCAACACCUUGACUACUAUAUUUUUUAACAUGGCGUUUAUGCGAGCAAAAAUAUUCGCACACCUGCAGAAAACGCGUAGGCCCAGUUUUUCAAAAAGCUGAAUAUCCCUAUCCGACAGAUAAUUUACUAUCCAGUGGAUAACCAAUUGCGUUAUCCACUGGAUAGAAAAUUAUCCAGUGGAUAGCGUUAUCCAGGUUUUGAACAACAAGGGCCUGCAAUGCAGGCUAGGAGAAUUACCGAGCAACUUUCUCAGUACUUUGAUUUGUUUCAAACCCAUAGGUUGGUCUGGAUCCAUGUAGAUCCAGUGUUAUGAAUGGGGAAUGUUGAUGGUGACCAAAGGCGUUUUGAAGUUCAGUAAAGCCUCCCUGUAACUGUUAAAAGGGUUUUUUAUGUUAGGAAAGUUAGCACUUUAUAUUGCCCCACCCUUCCCUCCUUCAGUUUUCCAGCGUUUUUUUUUCUGUCUUAAAACCCAAAAACAAGACUUUGUUAGCUGACAUUAUUUACUUUGGGUAGGUGAAAUUUAAGAAGCCAAAGAAAAGAAGAAAAAUCAAGAAGAGGGAGACCUUAAAGGUAACAAUCUCUGCUAAGGAAUUGUGACUCUCCUUAGAUCUGAGAUGAGUUUGCAGAAUUGUUUCUACUAGGCAACGACACACUGUUCAACAAUUAUUGCUGAUGAGAUCCUGGCCAAACAUUUUUUGAGCACGUUCUACCUCUAUUGAACACAACAUUGAGAUUUGAUAAGACACUGUUGUAUGUUGUGGUAUCCAUGGCUCAAGUUUUAUUUUCCUUCGUUGGGGGAUAUGGCGGUGCACUUUUACGAUUUUAAUGGUAUGGUUGAUUCACGUGCUGGAAGUUUAGAUUUGUUUUUGGAUUUUCGGCUGCAUGACCGCCAACUUUAUGUGCAUUAGCGUUCCCACUUUGCAUUCUUGUUCUCUAUGGGAUUGAUACCAUCCUCUAGUGAAAAAGCGGUAUAGCACCCAGUUUCGCUAAGUCAAAUAAGCCCCACUCUAUUCUUCCGCCCCGCCUCAAACGCCUUGAAAUAAAUAAACCCCCGGGAGGCGUUAUACAGAAUUUACAGUGGAUAACUUUAGCAAGGACGUUUUUGAGUGAUGCACGUCAACCGGAAGUGGAUGUUUUGCACUCUUGGGCAGCGGACUUGCCCAUAUUUUCGGGCAGAUCGUCUGUAGACGAGUAAAGACAUUUAGUAAGACAAAUGUGGUAGCGUCAAGGCAUACUAAAAUGAAGAAGGGCACACUUCCGGUCGACGUGCGUCGUCCAAAAACGUCUUUGCUUACGCUCUUUACUAGCCUGCGUUAGACGUGUUUAGUCAACCCCAGACACAUCCUUAAUAUUAUAGCGAUCGCAAGCAUGUAAUGUUUAUUUUUAGGGACGGACCAUUAGAAAAAUUAUAGGGUGGGGUGAGGGGAAUUUUCAAGCCGCAGGAAUUUUUUUUCGUUAUCAAAUUCCUUGUAUGAAUUGCACGAAUAUUUUUUGGGAUUAAUUGGCGUACAAGAAUUUUUUUCAUUUAAUUUUCCCUUGCGCGAAUAUCUUUUUUUGUACUUCGCCCGCGCCCCCCAUAAGUUUUCCAAUGGUCCGCCCCUUACUCGAGUUUGUUGUGAAGAUGGCGCCACUCAGAUGUCUUUCCGAUGUGACAUCAAACAGUCAUCGUUCAUGUUCUGGAUCGUAUUAUGGAAACCAUACUUAACAACAAUUACUCAGUAAUGACUGUAUUCAUUCCACAGGCAGAUGAUCUUGAAGUGUUACCGGGUCAAACAGAUUUAAACAGUGAUCGUGGUUCAAGGUAUGGUGAGCUGAUAUUAGGGAGCUUAAGCAAAGACGUUUUUGAGCAACGGACGUCAACCGCAAGUGAGGACUUUUCCCUUGUAAUAUGCCUUGACGCUAUGUAAUUUGUAUUGCUUAGUUUCUUUACUCUUAUAGAGACGAUUUGACUGAAAAUUUGGCAAAACCAUCGCCCAAAAAUGAAAAAGGGCAACUUCCGGUUGACGUGCGUCGCUCAAAAACGUCUUUGCUUAAGUUCCCUAUUAUUGCUGAAGUAGAAAGGGUGUUAGGGUGCUAUCUUGGAUUUAUCGUUUGGGAGAGAAGUCCCGAGUGGCCGAAGGCCAUGAGCUUCCUAGCAGGAUCCGGGGGCCUGCCUCCCGUCCCGGUAAUUUUUUGAAAUGAAUAUGCACUGAGAUGCAAUCUGGUGCAUUUUGAGACACAAUUUUGAGAGAUGUUACAGUGGUAUUUUAUUUCAUUUUUUAGUCGUGAUCUUGUUCCUUGUCAUAUAGUGCCCGUAGAUAGGGGAUACUUACUUCAUGUGCACUGAUCUCGUCGCGUCUGGAUGAUUUUUCCAAUACAGUUACUUAUAUACUGUAAUGGUAACAAUAUAUUUUUUUUUGGGGGGGGGGGGGGGGGGAGCUUCUACCCUCCCCUCAAAUACCCUAGAUAGAACCUUGGGUGUAUUAAUACGCUAGAGAAAUCCAGCAUCCUCACUAACCACUCACGCCAAAUGCAGGGCAAUCAAGAACAAACUAAAACCCUAACACCCUCCAGCCCCUCCAGUGUUUUAAUUGACGUAUGGAAAAAGGCUUCCCAAUGGAGACAACGAUCUUUUAGUGCCCAGUCGAAUCUACCCCCUCUGCUUUCAUAAACCAAGAUGGGGGACUAUGAUUGUACAUUGUAUGAGGAGUUCGCUCUCCCACAAAGGCCAAAAAUACGGAUGGUUUAAGACAUUCAACAGGUGCUGAUGACCAUAUCCUCGUGUUGCAUUUGUAUGUGGUUCUAUUAUUUUACAAGGUGAUAAAAUUAAACGAAGGGUAAAUUGUCUUUUCUCUACGUUACUGUAUGUAUACAGAGCCGUGAAGUCAAUCCUAAAGAAUGCUCCUAAAAGACGGGAGCAAGAAGAACAAGAAGACAUGAUGGAACUAGAUCCACUGGAGCCAGAGGACGAAGGUUUGAUUUACUCCAUAGUCUCAGUUGUAUGGUUAAACAAAGGAAAUUAUUGACGGCCUUAACAUUCUAAACUACGAGUAGUCUCUCAUUUUCCUCAGAGAUAGUAAAACGAGGGAAAUAUGCUGGCAUGCGUGAAAAUCGCCGCGCGCGAGGAGAGACGAGACGGUGAGGAAGGAGAGAAAUUUUCACGUGCGCUCGGGUAAUUCGGUCGCUCUACUGUCCAUGUGGAAAGUGAGGGACUGGUCGUAGUCUAAUAACUGCCAAGGUAUCAGUAACGUUUAGGCAACCGCAAUGUGAGAGAGAAUAAAUAAAAAAACAUUGAGAAUGCGCUCCAAUUGAUUCAUUUAUUUAGCUACUUAGCUUGGUGUCGUUGAUUUCUGUUUUAGAAAUCCUUGCAACUGAGAAUGACUAUGGUGGAAUAAUUGAAGAGGAUGAUGCCCAGCUGGAAUUACAGCUGGCACUGGAAAGGUGAUCAACGGGUUAUAUCUUAUUCGUGUCAUUUAUUGUCAGUCGGUGAUAUUAGAAAAAUUAUUUUUGAUUUUACAAGUUAUAUACGCGUUAGGGUUUCAUAAUGAGGCCGUUGGCCGCAUCGUAGCUUGCGAACAAGCUCUUCAUUUCCAGUGGAAAACCAGACGAGCGAUAAGAGAACGCGCGAGUGAACGGCAAAGGCCCGCCUGUCGCUUUCGUGUCUCCUUUCGUGUGACGUGCGCGCGUGGCUUUCACGAAACCCCCCAAAGGAGAUGGCCGCUUUAAUUAGCUUUAAAGUGGCCGUUUAGCGAGGUUCCUUUGUAGUCGUUUAUUUUGUGUUCGUGUCACGCGUGUCUGAUACCGAUGGUGUUAAAUUGUUUUCUGUAGAUCUCGUCGAUUGAAGCAAAAGAAAGCAGCAACUGGCGUUGAAAGGGUGUGUAUUAGAAGCAGAGAAUUAUCUUAGUUAUAAAAACCGCUGACUCGUUAGAUCAUUUAGUUGUGGACUUGGGUACUGUAGACCUGGGUUCGAUCCCAGGCCGAACCCCGGGGGUCUACUCAAUGUUUUAUGCGGACAGAAUCCGCCCCGAGUUCCAACCUCUUACCUUCUUAUGCGCCACUUAUGCCAAGAAAAGUACCCCUUUCGUAUAUCUUCCAUUAAAAAAGAGGUGUCCCUUUUAUAGUGAGCCUUCUUGUCAUUGUAUGUAGCCUUUAAAAAAUUAUAAUGAUACGGCCAUAAGGUGGAUCUGUUCGAAAUAUGUUAAUUAAAGGCCCAUUACUGGAAAAGGUAUCCCUUUUGGGCGGAACCUCCCCGUAUAGGCCAUCGCGGGGGUUAUAAUCUGCGAUCAGGCGAAUUUGUUUUGUUAUGUUUUGUUUUGUUUGUUUUUUUGUUUGUUUGUUUUGGGGAGAAGAGGCGGGGGUACUAUUAAUGUAUGCAUGGCUGUAACUAAAAUUUCAAGUUGCCGGGUAAAUACAACAAGUAGGCGGGGAAUCAAGCAGCUAGGGAUUUCUUUUGGUUCUAUUUUUCUUCCAUUUUCCUAUGAAAGUAGCAGGGGAAAAUACCCGGCUCCCGGAUCUAAAAUGACAGCCAUGAGUGUCUGUGUGGUGUGAUUCGUAGGUAAUUGAGGCGCUUGCCACCGUUAAGAAAGAGAAAGAAGAAGAAGACACGGAUAAGAAAGGUAGGUAUGCAGUGACAUUAUUC